AAAGACUCGAACGUCUGAAACAACGUCCUCGGACCAUGGCGCGAUGAUACUCCCCCGGCGUCAAAUGAACCUAUAAGAGCUGCAGCGUGAUGAUAGAUUUGCGUGUCUCGGCGCCGAGCACCGAACACCUUGCUCAUGUCUCGCCUUGUGCUGCCCACCAUGGUCAGUCUCCGCUUCCUUAUCUCCGUCUUUUCCAGCCUGCCGGCAACGAUCGCGGCCGCAUGCGCUGAUCAGUUUGAUCCGAGUUGCUACGCGUCUGCGGAUGUUCUCACGCGAAACGUCGCAGUCAUUGGCGGUGGAUCCUCGGGAACGUAUGCAGCGGUCAAACUUCGGGACGCGGGGCGGUCCGUUGUCGUCAUCGAGAAGCAGGACAAGCUUGGGGGAAAAACGGAGACGUACACUGUUCCAGGGACUGGGACCACGAUUGACUAUGGCGUCCAGGUCUUCUGGAACACGUCGGUGGUGACGGACUUCUUUUCUCGGCUCAAUGUCCCGAUCGCCCCCUUCCAGCCGUCGGGCGGCGCCACGACCACCGUGUACGUUGACCUGAAGUCUGGCCAGUUCUUGUCGAACUUUACACCGCCGAGCAGCGACUUGAGCGCAUACCGUCAGCAACUGGACAAGUAUCCUUACCUUUCCUGGGGCUACGACAUUCCCACCCCGGUCCCGGAGGAUUUGUCCCUCCCAUUUGGACGCUUCAUCACCAAGUACGGUCUGCAGGACGUUGCGUUCACCAUUUUCCACCACUCCGCAACGGGCGGGUUGGGCAAUAUCCUUCAGAGGUCUACCGUCAGCGUGCUCAAGGCUCUCAGCGAGCCGGUGUUCCAGGAGUCCCAAGGGAAAAUCGUCGUCACGGCUGCGCACAACAACCACCAGCUUUACGACAAGGCGCUGGAAGCGCUGGGCCGAGACGUUCUCCUCAACUCCACCGUUGUCGCGGCAUCUCGGCCUGCGAACAGCUCGGCGAGCACGGGCGUCCGCCUUGUCGUGAAGACCCCGACGGGGAACAAGCUCGUCAUCGCCUCGCAAAUCCUCUUCACCGCUCCCCAGACAAUCGACAACCUCAGCCCGUUCGAUCUGGACCGGACCGAGCGCCUCGUGUUCUCCCAAUUCAACGCCACGGGCUUCUAUGCCGGACUUUUGAACAAUACCGGGCUGCCCACUGGACACAGCUUCAUCAACGCCGGACUCAGCACACAGUAUCACAUCCCCUCGACCCCAGGUCUGUACCACAUCCAGCCGACCGCGGUGCAGGGUAUCUGGUCGUUCUGGUACACCAGCGACAGCGUGCUGCCCGAGGCCACAGUCAAGCGCGAGGUGCUGGCUGCUGUCAACGUCCUGACCAACUCAUCAUCUUCAUCGGGAGUGGAGAUCCUCGCGUUUGCCAACCACUCGCCGUAUCUUCUGUACCCGCCAGCGGAGCAGAUCAGCCAAGGUUUCUACAGCAACUUGGAAUCUUUGCAGGGCUACAGGAACACGUGGUAUACGGGUGGCUUGUUCGAACCUGCUGCGGGCCCUCUCUGGGUGUUUACACAGGCCCUGAUUGAAAAGAUUGCGGCUACUGUGCAGUGAGGGCUGGGGAGGGUGCGGCGGUGCCGGUCUGUAUCGAGCAUUGAAGGUCAGGUUAAUCUAGAUUAGAGAGAAUGACAUGGCCAUUUAGCAUCGGC